CUCUCCUCUGGCACUAAUUCAUCUCAAAUUUUUUGCCGCUCUUGUUCAAUUCCUUACUCUAUUUUUUUCUUCCCUUAAGUUUAGUUAUUUUUUCCUGUACGCUUCCCUUCCAUACCAAUUUUUAUCAUUCUUUUGUGACCCGUGUUAUGAUUGAAUUAAUAAAGGUUUCAACUUCAUCCUCAUGUUCGACUCAGAUUUAUCUUCUUCAGCUAACGAUAGUAUUUGCAGUAUUUCUUACCCUCGCAAGAGAGGAUUCGUUGAUGAUUUUUCUGUAAAGUCCUAUUCUGAUUCCCCUUCCAAGAAGAAAUCGAGAAAUAUUGCCGGGAAGAGUACAAUAACCACUGUUGAUUUGAAGCACUUCGAGGUACCUCUGUUUUCAUCCAUCAAUGUUACCGGUUUUGGGUGCCACUCCAUCCAUGUUCGUGCUGACCGUCCUUAUACGAUUGGUCGGAGCCAUCGUUAUUCUCAAUUUGUCUUCCGUGACCCCCGAGUCAGUAAGCAACAUUGUCAGAUUUUCUUUGACGGUUCACUCCGUAAACUUUAUAUUCUGGCCGGGGUCUUGUUACUUAAGGAUUCCACCAAAUGUCUUGUUCACGAAUUUAGGAAUAGGGUAAUGUCAUGUCAUGCUGGUAAGACCGAGGUCCCGGAGGGUGUUGGGUUUCGAGCGGCAUCUAAUGGGAUUUUUGUGAACGGGAUCAGAGUUAGAAGGGGCAAGGCCGUGGAAUUGUUUGCUGGAGAUAAGGUCUUGCUAGUUUGUGGAAAUCAAGAAAAUUGUCAUUGUAGUAUCCGGAAUCGGAUUGGGUUUCUUAUUCAGAGAAUUGACUAUGGCGACGGUGGUUUUGAAAUGCGUGAUGAUGAUACUGAUUUUGAGAGCAUGCAGAAAUUAAGUAAUAUGUCCUUAUCUGAACAUUCCCAAGGGCUCACCUCAAGCGGGAAAAGGAACAAGAGAGUUUUUGCUAUGAAGAGAAAUGAUUUGUAUUCAGACAGUGCCAUGGCAAAUUAUAAACGAGUUGUUAACAGAGCAAACUUUCUUUUAGAUCGGUGCAGAGACAUCUUGUUUAGUGAUGAUCCUAUAUCUCGCAUACUGCAUUCUGUACCAGAUGUAAGUCUUGGAUGCAAAGGUGCCUGUGGAACCUCAUUGAACAACUUUUCAGGCGUGAAUUUGGGCAAUACUAUUAGAUUAUUGGUGGAUAGUGAAGUCCAGUCUAAAUGCAUUAAGCCAGUUUUGGGGCAGGAAUUGCCCCAACGGGUGAAAUCAUCUGGUGGUGGCAGGCAAAGGGAAAAUAAAAUCACUGGUGUCUUGCCUUCAACUUCAGACAUACUUUAUGGGAGCAAAGUAGCGUCGUUCGAGGCAAACAGUGACCACCAUCACCAUCUGUGUGAAAAAGAAAACGUCGGAGCUGCUCAUAAGCGUGCCAGUGCUGAUCAGAAUCCAGAUGCCAUGCUCUUAGGCGGGGGCUGUCCUACUUCUGCCGGCAAAAAGUUGAAAAGCCAUGGAAGCAUCUUUUACUCAUCACCUGGAAAGAAUUUUUACCUGAAUCGCCUUGAAUUUGCAAACUAUGGUUCCUCAGGCCAUCAUAAUGCCAUAUCUUUACCUGAGCUUCUUUAUCCUGUUGAAAGUAUUUCAAGGAUGUUUAUCGCAACACUCACGAGUGAUAUAAAAUGGUUCUUGUCAUAUUGUGAGAUUCCAUUCCAUCUACCCCUUACAAUUGCUUGUCACAACGCUGAGAGAUGCUGGAGCUCAAGACCUGAUGAUAGAAUGUCUAUGCCUUACCCAGAAUAUUCCAACCUAACUGUGGUGUACCCUCCAUUUCCUGAUUCAGUAGCUUUUGGUAAUGACCGUAAGAAGCAGGGGAUUGCUUGCCAUCAUCCAAAACUGUUUGUUGUGCAAAGAGAAGAUUCUAUACGAGUUGUCAUUACAUCUGCAAAUUUAGUGGAAAAGCAGUGGAACGGUGUGACUAAUACUAUAUGGUGGCAAGAUUUUCCUCGUGUCAGCUCAGCUAAUUAUGCGUCGCUUUUCCCAAAAGUUUACAACAUGGAAUUACAUCUGGAUUGUAAAUGUGAUUUUGCUGCUCAGCUGGCUGGGUUUAUGGCAUCUCUCUUGAUUGAUGUACCCAGUCAAGCCCACUGGAUCGUUGAGUUGGCAAAAUAUGAUUUUGGAGGUGCAACAGGACAUCUCGUAGCUUCAGUACCUGGAAUUCACCUUAACAGAACUUCCAUCAUAUCAGAAUCCUCGCAAUCCUCACCUUCUUUAGGUUCCGUUGUGGCAUCUGUGGUUGGCAUAAGACACCUUUACCAGACAGCAGCAGACUCGAAAGGUGCAAGAUUGAAAACACUGGCCAAUUUCCUUGGAAAUUCAUGUAGGAGUUCCCAUGGAAAGUUGGAGAUUGUUUUAAGAAGAAAUACCAAUAUACUUGCUGAUGCAAAUGCUGUCAGUGUUCUUGUUCCUGAUCCUGAUAGAACAUUUUCUGGAGAAUAUGUCCAACUUGGUUUUUUGCCUAGAAAUAUAGCCCAAUGGGUCUCUCCUCUUUGGGAUGCUGGAUUCUUCAGGUUUUCUGGGUAUGUCUGUCCAAAAGAGGCACUUGCAGCUGCCUUAGGAGAAAACAGCAAAAAAGUACAACUGAUAUUAUAUGUGUCAGAGGGUCAACAUUUUGUUGAUAUGGCAAAGAUGAUGCAAUUUGAACACAUCAUUGCCUUCAGCUCACUCAUGGCUUCAAUCCAAAGAUCUUAUGGCCUCAAGAGAUUGCAAGAGGUUCUGAAUCGAUAUAGAUGGCCUGAAUCAUCAGAGUCUGAUUUUAUAUAUGGUGCAUCUUCAAUUGGUUCAUCUGUCAGCCCACAAUUUCUUGCUGCAUUUUCAGGUGCUACUGGGAAAAAAUCAUUGCAACAUUUUGAUUCAGAGGAGUCUGAUCCUGAGUGGGGUUCUUGGAAUGCUGGAGAAGAAUUGAAAAACCCUUCCAUUAGGAUCAUUUUCCCCACUAUUGAAAGAGUGAAGAAUUCCUGUAAUGGGGUUUUGCCUUCAAAACGUAUUCUUUGCUUCUCAGAGAGAACGUGGCAAAGGCUGAAGGCUUUAGAUAUACUUCAUGAUGCCAUUCCUUAUCCUGAUGAUAGAACAGGCCAUCCAAUGCAUGUCAAGGUAAUACGGAGAAGAUUCUUGUCUGGCGGGGUUGCACCUUCUGUUGGUUGGGUGUAUUGUGGGUCGCAUAAUUUUAGUGCAGCUGCCUGGGGACGGCAAAUUUCAAGUUCAUUUGGUACGAAAGCUGAAGUAAAAAAAAAAGGGAAUUCUUCUCUAGACUCUGGGCUCCAUGUUUGCAAUUAUGAACUUGGGAUUUUGUUCACUUUUCCAACAGAAGAUCAUGAUACUUCAAAUGUUAGAAGCACAAACUUGGACGAUAUAGUUCUGCCGUUUGCUGUGCCUGCCCCCAAGUAUGGAUCUAGAGAUAGACCAGCGACCAUGCAGGCUAUGAGAGAGGCGAUGGCUGAACUUUCUGAGCCCCGCGAGGAUUAUCAUGUUGAAGAUGAAAUUUUGGAAGAAAUUACUGAGGGAGAGGAAGAAAUGGAGGCAACAGAUUUUGCGACAGUGGAGAAGGAAGAGGAGAAGGCCUAUGCUGAGAUACUCUGGAAUCAGGUUGAGUCGCCCCAGAGCCGCUGAAGUCCUGCAAGAAGCAAACAUUGAGAGAAAAUAGUGAUGAUUGUGAAGCUGUAAAUAUAUUUGAUGCCCAGUGUGGUUUACUUUGUAUUAUGCUUUUUUUUUUUUUUUUAAUUUGUGACUAUCAAGUGAUUUAUCGUAAUAAAGAGACAAUGUUACAUAUUGAUUGUAUUUCUCUCAAUCCUUUUUUAUUGUUA